GAACAGCUGAUGCGACCUUUCUUCUCUCUAUUUUUGUUAUUUUUCGUAAUAUAUAUUUAAUUUUGUAAUGCGACGAUUUAUUAGCGUGUUUGGUAAAGAAAAAUGCAAAAUAAUUGGCAUGAUACAUGUGGAUGCGCUGCCAGGCACACCUCGCUAUGCCGGCAACUGGAAUCAGACCAUUGAGAAGGCCAAACACGAGGCAGAGCUGUAUAGAAGACAGCAAAUGGAUGCUGUGCUAAUCGAGAAUAUGCAUGACAUACCCUAUGUGCAGGAUCAUCACCUAGGUGCUGAAAUAGUUUCGUGUAUGACAAGGCUGUCUCUGGCAGUGCGCGAUAUACUGCCAAAGAAGACGCCUUGUGGCGUGCAAGUGCUAGCCUGUGGCAACAAACAAGCCCUGGCCAUAGCUAAGGCCUGCCAGCUCCAGUUCAUACGCGCCGAAGGCUUUGUCUUCGGUCAUGUCGCCGAUGAAGGCUAUACGGAUGCAUGUGCCGGCCAGCUGUUGCGCUAUCGAAAACAAAUUGAUGCAGAGAAUGUGCUUAUCUUUACGGAUCUCAAGAAGAAACAUAGCUCACACGCCAUUACAGCAGACGUAAGCCUGCUGGAAACAGCUCAUGCUGCGGAAUUCUUUCUCACCGAUGGAAUUAUUGUCACGGGCACAGCAACGGGUCAGGCGGCUAGUCAGACAGAUGUGCAGGCGUUAGCCGGCCAGCUGAAGGUGCCACUCAUAAUAGGCUCGGGUGUAACCAAGGAUAACAUAAGUCAAUAUUACACCGAUGCACAAGCUGUGAUCAUUGGCUCUCACUUCAAGCACGACGGCGACUGGCAGCAGGAUAUCGAAGAGCGGACCGUGGAGGGAUUUAUGAGCAGGAUUAGGGAACUGCGACGCGCCAGCUAACAGCUUGAGUUGAUGUAGUAAAUGCUUUUAUUAUGAAUUAGAUCAGUGAUAUGAUGUGUGACAAUAUAUUUUCUAAUUCUAA